GGCCGCGUGCCCCGAGAGGCCGCCCGAGGCCGCCGGGCAGGGCCGGAACGCAAGCGCCGGGGCUGCCGUUUCCGGGCCGACCGACGGCGCGGGCGCUCGGCACGGCUGCGGCGGUGGGAUCCCCGGAGCGGCCGCCCGGCGCUCAGCAGCAUGGACGAGGAGGACGCGGGAGGUUUUGAUGAGCGCUGUGCACAGUGUUCAGAAGUAAACUGGGGUCUCACUGAUGGAGGCAGAUUUUACUGCAGAACUUGCCACAAUGUUAUUGAGAGAACUCGAGAAGUUGUAAGCACCGAUGUUAUCCCUAAUGCAAGAAUCCAGACAAUCUCCAAAGGCUCUAGAAGUCAGAAAAAAACUGAUGAAGGCUGGGAGUGGUAUGUUUGUGAAGGCUUUCAGCUGGUACUAAAGCAACAAGCUGAAGCUUUGGAAGCAUUAGGAGUGUGCCCACAAAUGAAGGAUGAAAUUCUGUGCAAUUUUUGGAGGCGUUACCUUCAGAAGAGCCAACAGGCAUAUUGCAACAGACCAGCUGGUGAAACUAUCAAGGCAUUAUCAGUAUGUGAUAGCAGUACAGAUAUGGACAGUGAACCAGAGCAACCUAGCCUGCUUCAUUUUUUAUCUGUCUCUGAAAGUGACGGGGAUCUACAGACAGAUUGCAGCUAUGCCUCAUCAGUUGGCAAGGUCUCAGAAAGCACCUCUGUAUGCUCUGGGUCAGUAGAUGGUAGCUUGUACGUAAGGAAGAACCGAAAGGACAAAUUGAGGAUGUCAAUGCCAAUGACCCUUUCGUUUUGUUACAUGGCAUUACUCUGGCUGAAAGAACCGAUGACGUUAUCUGAGCUCUUAAGGUUUGUUGUUGAAGGUCAUAUUCCAUAUUUCAAUGCUUAUCAGCACUUUCCAGAGAAGAUGAAGUUAUAUGGCCUUGAUCUUAGGAUCUUUUGUGUGGAGUCAUGGCCUGUAUAUGAAGAAGUCUACAACAAAAUGGUCGAACUUGCAGCUUUUUUAGACCUGCCUCGUUUUCCAGAUAUAACAGACAACUGCUUUCUGCAUCCAAAUGUGUUGUGCAUGAAGUACUUGAUGGAAGCUAAUUUACCUGAUGAAUUGCACAACUGGACUUGUCGCGUGGUCAAAAAGACUUCCAUGGGAGAGGCGGAUUUCCUGACUCUCACGCCUGGAAAUAAAUCAACAAGGAAAGUGAAAUAUGAUGUCCUUGCAGCAGCAGUUAUUGUGGUGGUUCUAAAGUUACUGUUUUUAUUAGAUGAUCACUACGAGUGGUUGCUCUCAGACUUCUCUUCAGAAAGAAAGAAAAAUAACAAAGAAGGUGGUCCAUAUUUCGAGUUCAAAAAGUGGUACAAGGUUAUAAAAUGUACCUUGGAUGUGGAGCAAAAAAAACUGGAUGAAGAAAAAGCCAAGUAUCUGUGGAAAUGUGAGAAGCCGCUGUUUUAUUCAGUCAAGAAGAAAUCUAAAAUCCUUAGGAGAAGACAAAUGGUUGAGAACUUGCAAAAUCAGUUUGGCAAGUUGUCUGGUUCGGUGCGACCUGCAGGAAGGCCAAAUCCGUCAAGUUUUCAGUUAAGCUGGUCUGAAGAAAACACAGAUGGGUCUUGUUUUCAUGGGCAUAGCCUGAAGGGAAUUUUGCAAGAAAAACAUGGUUUACUUACAGCCAUCAACACAGACUAUUGGCUUUGUACAGAUAAACUGUGUAAUGAGAAAUUGUGCGGUCAUCUGGCUCACUACAGAGAAGAGGACUUUCCCAAGAGCUACCAUUUUGUACUGAGACUUUUCUCCUUUCUUCUGAGGAUACAGCCUUCCUCCAUCCAUGAAGAGGUGUGUGUGAUAGAACACAAACUUUUUAACAAAAAACUCUAUAAAAAGCCAAAAUACAGCAGGAGCCUAAGGAAGUAAAAGACCUAAAUAUUGUAGUAUUAAAGCUGUGUGAAUUGGUUUGAUCCCAAACCGUGCUAUUCAAACUGAUAGUGAUCCUUUUGCCUGCAUAGAAAUCUUCUGUUAAGGUUUUAGUGCUGACAUCUACUACUGCAGUUAUCUGUGGUGUCAUGUUAUCCAUAAUUUAAGUUGCUGGUUUCCAGCUGUGAGCUACCCAGGAAACUGUUUACCAAGAUUUAUUUCCUCACUUUGUAGCAGGGCCGACAGGAAGCUAUGAAAUUACCAUUUUUUCACAUAAUUGUACAUGCUUUGAAUGUACUGGAUGGCAUGUUGGCAUCUAAUUGCAUUGCAAGGCUUUGCAAUUAAAAUGCUUUUUAUUUUUUUACUGACUUGUAUGACAGCAACUUCAUUUCUAGAAAGUAAUGUUUACUUUGUUUUGAAAGAGUGUGUUAAUAAAUAAAAGGAGCAGGUGGACAAUG